AUGGAUAAUCGCACCAAUUCGCAGCGCGAACAUCUUCGUCGAGGUCACCAAAAGGUUGUUCUGGAGAUUGAUUUUUCCGGGAGUUUAUGGGGAUACACAGAAAUCACUAUUGCCCCUGCAAGCAGUGAAUUGAGGACUAUCAUCCUGCACUGUCGUCAAUCCGUCGUCCACUCGGUUCACGUAGGCGCGUACGCUGCGGAAUUCGUUCACAAUGACCCAUUUGUUAACCUCGUCAACGGAAUCCCUGAACCGGAUUGUCAUCGACAUCCUGAGCUCAAGCGUAAAUUGUAUUCGGCUCUUCAGGAGGGUGACGAAGGAGAGCUGUCUAUCGCGAUUCCGAAGGAAGUGUCCUUGAAGCCGACCGGAUCGGUCAACCAAAUCCUCAAUGAUUUUUCCACUCCCGAGCCUCAGGCUCAACCUAAUCAACAAGUCACGGAAUUUUCACCAAUUGUAGUCAAAAUUACCUACAGUCUGCGUCAUCCUGCUGAAGGUAUACAAUUCGUGCUUCCGACGGAGUCUCAACCCUAUCGCGUCCCCCAUGCUUACACUACCCCGACCUCACCUGAUGCGGCAAGGUGCUGGGUUCCGUGCAUCGACAACUUUUGGGAAAAAUGCACAUGGGAGUUUGAAUUUGUAGUUCCCCGGUACCUGGAAGAGCGAGAUUUUAGCCAGGAAGACGAUCCCAGCGAUGCGAUACCUACGGUCGUGAUAUGUAGCGGCGAGCUUGUCGAACAGGUCGCACAUCCAUAUAAUUCCAACAAAACGAUUUUUCUCUUCUCUCAAGCUGUUCUUACUUCAGUACAACACAUAGGUUUUGCUACUGGCCCCUUCCACCUUCGUUCGAUACCGGCGGACAACACAGCGGACGAUCCUGCAAGCAGUUCUUCUCAGCCACUUAUAUACACAUUCUGUCUGCCCGGACAAGAAUCAUUCCUUACCAGCUCCACCUCUACUCUUCGCUCAGCUAUGAGUUUCUAUUCGUCAGAAUUUGGAUCAUAUCCUUUCGGUUCUUUCAAAGUCGUGUUCGUGGAUGAGUUACCCACUCAACGAUUUGAUACUUCCAGCUUUUCUCUCAUCACAGUAGACAUGUUGCACGGGGAUGAUGCGAUUGAACCUGCGAUCGAAACACGGCACGCACUUAGCCACGCACUUGCCUGCCAAUGGGUAGGGAUCAAUAUUCAACCUAAACAAUGGCCAGAUUUAUGGCUAGUGAAUGGUCUGGCGUCGUAUAUCACCGGUUUAUUCAUGCGCAAACUGCUUGGCAACAACGAAUAUCGAUUCAGACUCAAGAAGGAUAUGGAACGGGUGAUAGAAUGGGAUAACGGAGGGAUGCCCCCAAUAUGUCAACCGCAACAUUACGAUCCCCCAGAUUCCAGCAUUUUACCUUUCAUCAAUCUGAAAGCCCCCUUGGUCCUGCAUAUUUUGGACCGUCGAUUAGGAAAAUCUGGAACCUCUCUUGGGCUAAGCCGUGUCCUCCCUAAGUUAUUCUUGUCGGCAAUUAGCGGUGAAAUGCAGAACAAUUAUCUUUCAACGCAUGCCUUUCUAAGGAUGUGUAGAAAAGUUAGCAGUGUCGACCCACGGAGUUUUGCGGAGCAGUGGAUUUAUGGUAGUGGCUGCCCUUCUUUUGGUGUGCAAGCGACUUUCAAUCGGAAAAAGAUGGCGGUAGAGAUUACGAUGCGGCAAGAGUGUCCUGCACAUAAGGUGCACGAGGGUAACGAGGUAUCUAAGAUUUUGAUGAAACCAGUACCCUUUUUUGAGGGCCAAAUGACUAUUCGAAUACACGAGGCUGAUGGAACUCCUUAUGAACAUGUUCUCGACAUCAGAACGCCAUUCAAACGGUACGAGGUACCAUUCAACACAAAAUAUAAGCGUGUUCGAAGGAAUACAAAACGGUAUCUUGCACGUCAAGCCGCUGCGCAGGCUGCUGCUGAGGGGGACACUGAGGCUGCCGAAGCCAUUGGUAUGAUUGACAUGGGUUUUGGACUCGAAGUUUGGGAAAACGAACAAGAACGAGAGAAUUGGAAAGUAGCUGAUUGGACUGAGGAGGAUGAAGGGUUGAUGAGCGGCGCUACAUAUGAGUGGAUCAGAAUGGACGCUGAUUUUGAGUGGAUAGCGGCAUUGAAGUUUGAGCAACCCGACUUCAUGUGGGUUUCCCAACUUCAGAGAGAUAGGGAUGUUGUUGCGCAGCUUGAGGCUGUUCACGCGCUGUCCAAACAACCAACAGCAAUUGUAUCCAGUACACUAACGAAAACUGUUCUCGUCUCGAACUACCACUAUCGGGUUCGUUGUGAAGCUGCGACAGCACUGGGAAACUGUUCGAUACGGAGGCUGGAUUUUUUGGGAUUGUUCCAUCUGUUUAAACUCUUCCUUCGAUAUUGUUAUGAACCGGAAGAUUCGAAUCAAGACUUAUUUACACACAACUAUAUCCCCAAGCCGAACAAUUUCUCCGACUUGUCGGAAUAUUUUGUACGAAAAAGUCUUGUUAAUGCAAUCUCACGAAUACGAUUUGAGAAUGGAAAGACACCUUCUGUGGUCAGACAGUUUUUGAUAGAUCAGCUCCGGUACAACGACAACACAGCGAAUCCCUAUUCCGAUGCUUAUUAUAUUUGCACCAUCAUAUCAGCAGCAGCCUGCUCGAACGUGUCUACGGCUGCACCGGAGCGAGGCGAGCUCCUCCCCUCUGAAGUUCGUCUCGAACAUAACGCGGAAGACGAGGAAUUGUUGAAACAAACGUUGACCGAAGUCGAUCGCUAUCGCAGCAUGGACAGGCUAAUUCCCUCGGUUCAUAACAUAGUUACUAUCGCUGCGUUAGAAUUUCAUAUGUUACUUGGUGUCGCCAAUCUCAUUCCAAGUCACCCUCGAAUAUUUUUCCCUCUCACCCGAGAAGGCAACUAUGUCCCAGUUCGGAUAGCUGCAUUUGAUGGACUCUUCCUCACCAAAUGGUACACACCUCAAAUCAUGCGCUACGUUUUAGCCGUCAUGGCGAACGAUUCAUCUCGUACUGUGCGAAGGCAUGUUGCGCGAAGUGCUACUCAAAGCUUAGCACUAUUGGUGCAAAUGGGCGAGAUGAAGUCCAACUCCAAGGAUUCAGAAUCUUUGCUUAUCGAAGAAGAUGGUUCCCACCCCGAAAAGCUUAAGGAAUCUAAGAAGACAGAGAUGGAUGCCAUGAUCAAAGUCCUUCGGAAGGAUAGAGAGGUUGGCAAGAAUGAAAAUUUUAGGGACUUUGCUGUGCCGAUUGCGCUUGCUCCUGAUGUCGAUUACGAAGUCCGGUGGUGUAUACUGAAGCUGCUAGAUAUCCUCAUUCGUCCAGUCGACGAAACACCUCCUACUGUCCGUAUCCACAUCCCAAGCACUCCCAUCUCUGAGUCCGCUCCUUUAUUACCUUCCGCCAAAAUUCCUUUGAAACCUCUUAAACCUCCUGUGAAACCUCCGACAGCCAAGACCCCUCUCCCCCUUAUUCAUCCGAAGCUCAAACUCCCUGCUAAUGCUGCCACAGAGAGCUCGAGGAUCGUCGUUUCAUCACGGACCAGCACCCCCCAGUCUGGAAAUGUCGCACUCCCUGCUGAAACUACUCAUACCAAGGUUGCCGUCACUGGUCCGGCCGUCUCAGCCCCCAAAGGCAAACCGAAAGGAAGACCGCCGAAAUCGGCAAAGGCUGGUCACACGCCUAAAGCACAAUCAGGCGGCAUGAGUACUGUAGAUUAUAGGGCGUCGAGAGCUGCAUUGAAGAAAUUGAAUACGAAUAAGCACGCUAAAUUAUUCUUGCAGCCUGUCGACCCAAUCAGAGACCAUGCACCCGAUUAUUUUACCAUCAUCAAGCAACCAAUGGACUUAUAUACUAUGGGUUCCAAAUUGGAACAAGGAAUGUACAAGGACCGUUUCGAAUUCCAGGCAGACUUUCGCCUAAUGAUUGCCAAUUCCAAGCAGUACAAUAUGCCCGGUAGCUUUGUGCACAAUGAAGCAAUCAGCCUCGAGAUAUUUUUCGAGAAACAAUGGUCAAUCAUCAGCAAGACUUUGGAUCAACAUGCGAUCAACAAUGCUGAAGAAACUGCCCCUAGACCCGCACAGAAACCUCAUCGCAUACUGCCACCCGUCCCUCAAGCGAAAUUUUCUCCGCCGCCUCGUAAGGCACAGCCGCAGUCUCCUUCAAUACCCCCCGCUCGCCCAAUCAUAAAAUUGAAAAUGUCGGCACAAAGUGUUCUGGCUGAUCCCAAACCUGUUGCCAGCUCAUCUAAACCUCGUAAAGUCAAAUCAAAACAUGUUGAUCCAGCACCAGUAACGCCACCUCUCCCACCGUCGGUAUCUAUAGAACAGGACGUUGAUGCCCCCCCUCCGCCUUACAUUGACGAUGGUUCCCACGAUCUCCUGCAAGAAGUGCUUGCUAUUGAGCGGGAAAAGUCCGAGAUGAAACGGCAGCAGAGUUUGUUGAAAUCCCAGGAAAGACUAGUUAUUGGUUCUUCCAGUAAACGAAAGCAUGUAGAAUCGUCUGCAGAAGACGACAUUCUUGCUCUUGCUACUCCUGCGAAGAAGGAGAAGUCAAUGCCUUCCGCGUCGACCUCAUCUAACGGGAAGCUUGUUCUCCCGGCUACAAAACCCAAGCCAAAAAAAGAUGCUCCUGUUCCCUAUACGGGUACAUCUUCAUCUCGGUCCAACUCUGCACGUUCAACACCUGCGAUCGACGUACCGCGCCCGUCUCUCAAAGGGAAAGAGAAGGAUAUCUCGCUACCACCUGCAUCUGCCACUACUACACCGUCUUUGAAGCACAAGAAGCAACCUAUCGUUCAUGUCACCCCGUUAAAUGAGAAGAAGUGCAGAGAAAUCUUGAAAACCCUUGGCAAGAUCUCCGACUCUGCCAUAUUCCAAGUUCCUGUCGAUCCUGAUCGAGAUGGUUGUCCAACGUACUUUGAUGAGAUCAAGCAUCCCAUGGAUCUUGGGACGAUAUCCACAAAGCUUGGACAGGGAGAGUACAGCUCAAUGGAAUCUUUCCGUAAAGAUGUAGAACUCGUGUUCAACAAUUGUCGACAAUUUAAUCCUCCUGGCACUUUUCCUGUCAACUGUGCGGAUAUUGUGGAAACGACAUUCAAAAAAGAGUGGGCCAAAAUCAAAGAAAAGAAGCUUUCAUGGGCAGAGAAGCGGGGCCUACAAGCUAUCUUGUCGACAUUUGUGAAAGAGGACCUAUCUUUCGUCUUUCGAGAACCUGUCGAUCCAGUACUCCUUGGAAUUCCUACGUACUUUGACGUUAUCCCUCGCAAGGAUGCUAGAGACUUGCGAACUAUUAGGCAGAAGUUGGAUGCCGAUAAAUACGAAACGGUGGACGCAUUCGAAGCCGACAUUGAUCUCAUGGUGCGAAAUGCGAUCAAAUUCAAUGGAGCCGAUUCGGAAGUAGGUUUGAUAGCUGCGAAGGUUAAUGAUCAUCUGAAGAAUGCGGUGGCCAAUUGGAAAGCAGGAAAUUCAAAGAAGAGGAAGGACGGAGAUAAGAGCGGUUCGCAGCAGCCGAUGAAGAGACACAAAUCCGGUUGA